AUGACCUUCAAACCGUCCAUGCGGUCCUUGUUGGCAAAAGUCACAGGUUCACGCCGAGCACGCAUCCUAAUAAAACCUGACUGUGACUAUGUCUUUAUCAGUGGCCACGGAGAUGAAGGGAGAGGAGGAUAUCUUCGAGGGAAGAUAUUGCUGUUUGUGCCCGAGGACCAAAAGGUCCAAGGAGUCCAGCUAAAGUUCACGAGUCGAAUUGAUCAUAAGGUGCAGACCGAGGAUGAAGUAAAAUGGCAACAUCGCGAGACUACAGUGCACCAAUGGGAUGCAUUUACUACCACUAAUCAGGUUGGGAAACCAUCCAAGCAAGGGAAGCAAUACGAAUGGUCUUUCGAACUCUUCGUCAGCGGUGAUCAGGAAGAGACUUUCAAAGGCUGCAACCGCUGCAGCAUAACCUACAUCCUUGAGGCUUCAACCAUUCACUACGGCACCACAGAGAGCUCCUAUACUUUCGCACCCAUUCGAAUUAUCCGAUCACCCGCAUUCUCGUCAUACGAGCUUAUGGAUCCCACUACAGUGCAGGGAAAAUGGGGUGGAAAAACAGAGUACAACGUCUCGAUCCGGCAUCGAGCAAUAGCACUGGGAGGACUCAUACCGAUCGAUGCUCAAAUCGGGCAGCUGAGCGCGACGGCAAAAGUCACAAAGGCUAGGUUCUACUUGCGGGAGCGACAUGCAGUAGACGAUGAGAGUUCUACAGAUUGUGUGGACUAUGAGGGGCAGCGGAUAGUGACCGAAUGGCCGCUUGACUUGGACGAUACUCGGAUAAUGCACUCUUGGCAACAGUGUUUACAUCUUCCCAGGGCGUUGAGGAAUUGUUCACCUGACUUCUCCCUCUGCGGCGUUACGAUCAGCCAUACUCUACACUUCGAAGUUACAAUGAACACCAAUGGCACAACAACAGAGGAGGAAAUCUCAAUGCCUAUACAUCUUUUCAUAUCGCCUGAGUUACCAGUUAAUGGCUGGGGCGUUUUCGUCAGCAAUAGCAACGUAGCUGCAAAGGAGGUUAAAGACGUGCUGGCAGAAGGAAUUCGGGUACCGCCGAGGUAUUGCAAGGGUGCUUUUGUCAUGGAAGAUUACGCGAUACCUGACACUCCACCCCCGGCGUACAGUGAAGUUUAA